AUGGACUCAUCCAAUGUUCUCUUGGUGUUAUUUUGGCUAAUAAGAAAGAAAAAAAUCAAUUUUUAUGGCCCGAAAAGUUCGGGCUUUUCUGCUUUUCCUUCAACAUCUCAAUUUUCCAUUCAGAAAUGCAAGAAACAAGUUUCGACGAAAAUCGUCUCGGUCUUGGCACCCCGGCAAUCUGAGCGUGAACCAGCUACGACUGGCUCUGUGAAGACUAGAAUGACAGUGACAGAGAAGAUUCUUGCAAGAGCCUCUGAGAAACCACAGCUGAACCCAGGUGAUAAUGUUUGGAUUAAUGUUGAUAUUUUGAUGACACAUGAUGUUGGUGGUCCUGGUUCCAUUGGUAUCUUCAAGAAAGAAUUUGGUGAAAAUGCAAAGGUUUGGGAUCGUGUAAAGGUUGUUAUUAUACCUGACCAUUACAUAUUCACCAGUGAUGAACGUGCGAACCGUAAUGUGGAUAUUUUGAGGGAUUUCUGCACCGAGCAAAAUAUCAAGUAUUUUUAUGAUGUAAAAGAUCUUGGUAAUUUUAAGGCAAACCCUGAUUAUAAAGGAGUAUGCCAUGUUGCACUUGCCCAAGAGGGUCACUGCAGGCCUCCCUACCAUAACUACUGAAAUGCAAAACUUCAA